UACAGCGUUAUCACAUCGUCAUAAUUAUUAUCAAUGAAAUUGCGCGCACGCAUAUAUUGCCCAAGGAAUGCCCGAGUACUGGUAGUUGCUUCUCAGCCGUCGCGAGAGCCGCACGUCUUUCGCGCGCUCACGUUUCUAAGAAAACGUGGUUCGGACGCGUGUUAAUAACCAUGAAACUUCUAGUAGCAACAUUGCUGGCCGUAGUGGCGCUGGCGUCAGGCAACGUUCUGAAGCCUAAAGGCUCCUUCGAACUCCUCAUCCUACACAACAAUGAUAUGCACGCACACUUCGAGCAGUCCUCACAACGCAGUGGAACUUGCACCAACGAUGAUCGCGAGGCCGGCAAAUGCUACGGUGGCUUCCCUAGAGUCGCUCAUGUUGUGAAGGAGGCACGUGCAGCGGCCCUCAACCACACGGGUCCUCCGGUGCUUUACCUGAACGCCGGAGACACGUACACCGGUACAGCAUGGUUCACCAUCUACAAAUGGAAGAUCGCCGCUGAAUUCGUCAACGCAUUACAACCUGACGCUGUUUCACUGGGCAACCACGAGUUCGACCAAUAUGUGGAAGGAGUAGUGCCAUUUAUCCAAAACUUGACCGCACCUGUUUUGGCAGCCAACCUCGUUUUAGACAAAGUACCAUCUCUGCAGAACCUUAAAAACUUAAAAAAAUCAAUAAUAAUAGAGAUAGAUAAGGUUAAAAUUGGUAUUAUUGGAUAUUUGACGCCAGAGACAAAAACUCUCGCUCCUGGAAACGACGUUGAGUAUGAAGACGAAAUAGUAGCCCUAAGGAGAGAGGUACAGAAACUCAAAGAACAAAAUGUUAACAUUGUAAUAGCUUUGGGUCAUUCCGGAUAUGAAAGGGACAUAGAGAUUGCCGAAUCGGUUGAAGGCUUAGAUAUAGUAGUCGGAGGGCAUACUCACACUUUCUUAUCGAACAAAAAAAAUAUUUCGGAGGUCCCUGAAACGGUUGGAGGAGACUACCCCACAGUAAAAGUACAAGCCAAUGGUAGAAAAGUAAGAGUUGUACAAGCUUACUGUAACAACAAAUAUUUGGGGAGAUUGCAUUUAGUUUUUGACUCAAAUGGUGAAAUUACUCACUGCGAUGGCGCUCCCAUAUUGUUAAAUAAAGACAUUCCAGAAGAUGAUGACCUUGUCCACAUGCUUGAAGCACAUUCAGACGAAAUGAACAAGCUGAUUAAAGUAGUUGUUGGUAACACAUCAGUUAACUUGGAACAAAGCAUGUGUCGGUUUAGCGAAUGCAAUUUAGGUAAUUUUGUCGCUGACGUCAUAUUAAAUUAUACCCGGGAGGAACAUCAUGACGUGGAUAUAGCAAUCGUGCAAGGCGGAGACAUUCGAUCGCCAAUUUACCAAGAAGGAGGCUUCCCAUUUAACAUAACCCUAGGCGACUGGUUGAACGUCCUACCGUAUACUGGCACACUGCAUAUACUCACCAUGAACGGAACAGUGCUCAAAGAAGCUCUGGAACACUCAGUGUCUGAAUGGAGUGAAAAAAAGGGAAAGUUCCUACAAGUUUCUGGAAUUGAAGUCGACUAUGACUUGGCAAGACCUGUGGGUAGUCGCGUUGUUCAAGCUAAAGCCGUGUGUUCUAAUUGUGGACACGCAAUGCGGGUCAUAAAUGAUGACGAUGAAUACAAAGUCAUUAUGCCUGCCUUCAUUGCCAAUCAAAAUGAUGGUUAUAAGAUUUUUGCAAAUCUCCCUAAAACUGUACUCCCUUACAAUGAAUUACACUGUGCGGUGGAAUAUUCAAAGAAGUACAGUCCCAUUUAUAAGAUAGUGGAACGUCGAAUUAAUCUACAUAAUACAGAUAAGGCCAAAGAGGUAGAGAAUUCACAGGUAAAACAAUAAAUUAUAUCAAUGUAGAAAAAAUACAAAACAUUCGAAUAGAUUUUACAAUAUGUUUUGAAUUCAUUUUAGGAUUUUAUGAUUAAUAUAAUAACUAGCUGGGUAGGUUAAUCAUGUAAUUGAUGUGUUGAAUUUAUGUAGGUAAUAUGAUUAAGGCCUUCUUCACACUGCUGUAAUUUGACCAGUUUUUCAAGGAAAGCAUUUUUAUUCCGAUGAUUAAGUAAACCACAAUCUAUAAGAGUAAAAUUUUGUGUUCCAGUGAGAUUAUGAUAAUAGUAUGUACGAUCAUCAUUUUUUACUUGGUUUCAUGAAACAACGGGUAAUUUAAGACCUAUGAUUUAAUACUCAAUAGUUGUAAGUAAACCUAUGUAUUAUGAAUUACGUAGGCAAAACCACGGGGUAAAACAUUAUGUAGGAUAAUUUUAUUACGGGUACAUAUUUUUCGGGUAAUUUUAUUACGGGUUUUAUUUAAUUAAUUAUAUUUGUUUUGUAAUAAUAUAUGUAUUUCGUUAUAUUGUUUGUAAAAUGAUGUCUAUAUUUGUUGCAAUUUGUUGUAAUUCUAUGAAAACUAAAGUAUAUUAGUCACUUUGCAAUCGUUGGUAGUUUAUAUAGUCCAAGACUGUGAUUCUAAAAGAAUCUCUUUAUUUUUCCCUUCGAAUUUCAAUAUUGUUUUGUAUUAAUUAAGACUCUUCUCUUUUUCGCGACUGUCAAGAAGCGUGAUCUUUUUCAUCCUUACAUGUAUCUAAAAGGAUUGGUAUUCUCUAAGCUUACUUAAUUUUUUUUAUGAGUACCUACUUUUUGUUCAAAGUCUUAAUCUUUUGUCACAUACUAACUUACUAAUCUUUCUAACACAAUUAACCUGGUAUUUCUGGAGACUUUUUCGUGUUCAUUAAUGAUAGAUAUAUUUAAUGAAGUACUUACUAUUUAAACGCUUGUAAACUGAGAUGCAAAAACUAUUCCUCGAUGAAUAGAUAUACAUAUGUACUUACCUAACCAAAAAGCUUGUGGGAAUGACCUAAAUCUACCAAAGAAUUUUAUACAGAACUUUUAAAGAAAUAAAUAUAUUUUGCAUGUU